UGGACUUUGGUUUAUAUCAUUGACUUUAUCAGACAGUAAUAUUAAAGCUACAAGGCUAUUCACAAAAAAGAUCAUCUGGAUAAAGAGGUUGAUGAAUAAUUCAAGAUGAGCUACUCACAAGACGAUGAAGAGUCCGAUGAUUUUGUCUCACAUAAUCAACUCAGUCGUCCUCAGUCUAUUUUCUGGCGACUUCCAGACAUCCUAAAUCGACAAAGAGAUCUACCACAAAGAGUGUCCUCCUCGUCUCGCAGCGGCAGCAUGGCAGAGCAGGGUGGGGCAAGUGGAGGGGUGAGCUUCUCCUCCAGCUGGGGUAAAGACCUGUCGGAUAGUGCCAGACAGAGGUACCUAGAGAGCAUGAUGGCAGGGAUAAUGGAGAUGGGGAUGGAGGGACAGAACUCGGACAUUGAGAUAAUUGUGCAGGGCCAGAGCUUCCCCUGUCAUAAACUCCUACUGUCUGCAGGUUCUCCAUAUUUCAAAGCCAUGUUCAGUUCAGGGAUGAUGGAACAACAUGGAAGUCGUCUGGAGCUUCCAGACAUUGAGAAAGAAACAUUCGCUGCAUUCAAGGAAUACAUAUACACAGGAAUAGAAAACAUUACCCAAGACAAUGUUGUACCAUUACUAAGAGCAGCUGCCAUAUUUCAGGUUGAGCCACUGCAAAAGAGCUGUGAGCAAUUCUUAGGAACUGGAAUGGAUAAUGAAAAUUGCUUGGAACUGUUUAAAAUCUCCCGAGCAUUUGGAUGUAACACUCUCUUUGAGAAAUGCAAGCCAUAUGUCUUGGAAGGAUUCAAUGGCCUCUGGAAAACACAGGAGUUUGUGGAUUUAGAAUUUGAUGAAGUCCAAAGCAUUGUUAAGGAUGAUGACUUAGUUCCCGUGAGUGAAGAAGAAAUAUGUGAGGCAGUUUUACGAUGGAUAAGGGGAGAUGAAGCAUACAGAAAACAGUACACAGGAAAACUUUUUGAACACAUAAGGAUGAUACAGAUAAGUCCAGAGUACCUCAUCAAUGAGCUAUAUACUGAUGAACUCUUAACGGAAGAUAGAGACUGUAAAAGAUAUCUGGAUGAAGCCAGAAAUUUCCAUAUGCUUCCCGCCAGACAGCAGGAGUACUGUUCUCCCAGGUUCCAUCUACGCAACAGUGAUGACCUUGAAGAAGUAAUCCUGAUCACCACAGAGUUUGACAUGGAGAGAACAGCACAGAUGUAUCAGGAUGGCAAGUGUCUUUGGGCCUUCAGCUUCCAGCAGGCUCGCUGGUAUACCAUCUGUCCAAUCCCAAUUAAAGACAAUCCUGGAACCGAUUUUCAAAUGGUUUCUUUCCGGAAUGAUCUCUAUCUUGCUGGAGGAACCAAUAAUUCAAAGAGUCUGCUUCAUUUUGACAAUGAUAGAAAUGAAUGGGAACUGUGUGAGACCCAGAUGAAGAGGGGGAGAAGUGGGCAUAUCAUGGCUGCGGUCAGGGAGUCCAUCUUUGUGGUAGCAGGCAAAAACCCUAAGGCAAGGGCUGGAAGCAGUAAUCAUGUACUGAGUUCUGUUGAGUCUUACAACAUAAGAAGCCGAAAAUGGGAAACCAUCGGAGAAAUUUCAACUGCUGUUCAUUCAGCGGCUUCUUUUGUAAUUGGAGAGAAAAUUUACAUUUUUGGAGGUUUUCAGCAGGAUGGUACAUGGUCCAGUGACAUUCAAGUUUUCGAUACUAGAAAAAGAGAAUCUUCUACAGUGGGACAAAUUCCAAUGGACAUUUCUCCUCCUUUUAAGUUACUAAAAAUAGGCAAUGACAACAUCCUUGUAUCAUCAGACUGUAAAAUUUAUAAUGUAGAAAUCAAAAGCAAAAAAGAUGAAGAAGUGAAGGUGAAUAUAAAGUUUCUAGAUCAUAUUCUGUCCAAAGCCUUGCGUCCUGUAAUAGAUAUAGCAAACUUCAGAGGAAACAUGGUGGUGUUAACAGGCAGUGAACACAAGCCGGACGCUUUCUCCAAAAUGACACUUGUAGACUUAAGUAACAAGAAAGAAACAUCAGUCAAACUGAGCUCUAAAAAUAUGACAAUUCCUAAACUUAUUCUAUCCUGCAACAAGGGAAUCAUAGAUAAGCAAUACAUGUACCAUACUUAUUAUCAGUGAUUAUUUAAAUAAUUACUUUGAUACUUAAAAAAAAUUUAUCUCUUAUACAAAAAAUAGAUUUACAAUAUAAUGUUCAAUGUUAAGGCCCUAUUGUUUGCCCUUAUGAAUUUUGCUUGAAUGCAAUAUUUUUAGUAUAUUUUGCAGGAAGAAAUUUGAGCUUUGUAAAGAAAUAAAAGUCAUUUAACCCAGUGAGAGUUAUCUCCCUUUAUCAGGGGGUCAAUGAACCUUAAACUUAAUCUUUACUUCAACACUUUUCUAUCAGUAAAUAAUUAAAAUAUUUUGUUGUUUUUCCUCGAGUAAUCUGAUUGUAAAUAAUGCUUGCACUGGCUUGUUUACAUUAAAUUCUGCAAAUGAGA